GCACGCUUUUGACCAGCAAAACUCGCCAACCAACACCGUGCCAGUGCUGUAGCGGCUACUUUAUUUGUCCCCUUUACCCAUACAAGUGGAAUCAAUUUUAUUUAUCGGUACAGAAGCCACUAGGCUCAUCCGGAGGUUGUGAUGGCGGACUCCUCGUUACAGGACCGCCUGCGAGGCCAUGCAAAGGCCUUUGAUGGACUGCUGAGUCUCAUUCCAGCUAAAAUGUAUUACGGAGAAGAUACCAGCGGCCAAUGGAAUAAGAAGAAGCAAACGAAAAAGGAAGCUGCCGCCGCUCGUCGUGGCAAGCUCGAUCCCGACAGCGAAUUGAACCGCAAUGCUAAAGAAGUCAUGGAUGAGCGAGCGAGACAUAAGCGCCAAAUGAGAGAAGCAGAGAACGAAGACGAAGAUGACGAUGAGGAAGACGACGAUGAGGAAGAGGAAAAUGAGGAGGACGCCGACAUGGACGACGAUGCUGACGUUUCGUUUGAAGCCAUGGACGGAGUCGAGAUUGAGUUGCCCGGCCAGGGUUUAAAGAGCAAGACAGAAUCCGAACCCGAGCCGAAAAAGAAAGAAGUCGAAGUACCAGAAGAGGAAAGCGAGGGAGAAGAAAUCGACAUCUCUACAUUAUCGAAAAAGGACCAAAAGAAGAUCGCCAAGCGGGAGCGCAAGCAAGAGAAGAAGGCUGCCAAGAAAGCACAAAAGGUAGAUGGAGGCGAGUCAAACACAACCACCAAGCCAGUACCUGAGUCGAGUAAGAAGAGCAAGACGAAAAAGGCCGAAGUCAGCAAACAAGUCGACGAGGACAGCGAUGCUGUAGAAGCCAAGGCGGACGCCGAAAUGGUGCUCGACGGCUUCGACAAUGGUGACGACGACGACGACGACGAGUCCCCCGACCAAUCUGCCCCCCAGUCUCCUACAUUUGAUGCCGAGACACAGACAAACUCGGCAUCUGCUGAGCCUUCCAGCACCACAACCUCCAUCUCCUCCACCGUACCUCCCUCCGAAAAGCCCAAACACAUCAAGAUCCCCGCCGACACAUCCGUGAUCCGCGCUCGCCUCGAGGCUAAGAUUGCAGCACUCCGCGCAGCCCGUAAAGCCGACGGCCCCGAUGGCAAGCCCAUCCGCACCCGCCAGGAACUCAUCGAGUCGCGCCGCAUAAAGCAAGCCCAGCGCAAAGAACACAAACAGGAGGUCCGCCGCCUCGCCAAGGUCGAGCAAGAGCGCAAGCGCGAAGAGGCCCUCGCCACAAACUCCCCCGGAAUCAUGUCGCCCGCCGUUGAGAUGGACGAGUCCAGCUUCUCAUUUGGCCGUGUUGCUUUUGGCGACGGCUCGCAGAUGUCGCACGACCUUAGCUACGUGCUGAACCAGGGCAAGAAGAAGGGUCCCUCGGAUCCCAAGACAGCCCUGAUCAAGGUGCAGAACCAAAAGAAGCGCCUCAACGCCAUGGACGAGGCCACCCGCAACGACAUUGCCGACAAGGACGCGUGGCUGACGGCCCGCCGCCGCGCCGAGGGCGAGAAGAUCCGCGACGACGAGAACAUUCUCAAGAAGACUAUUAAGCGCAAGGAGGUCGCCAAGCGCAAGAGUGAGAAGGCGUGGACCGAGCGUAUCCAGUCGCAGGACCACUCGCAACGAGAGCGCCAGAAGAAGCGCGAGGAGAACCUCAAGAAGCGCCGUGACGAUAAGUUGAUCCGCAAGGUCGGCGGCAAGAAGAAGAAGCCGAGCGCGCCUAAGAAGAAGAAGAGUGGACGUCCUGGCUUCGAGGGAAGCUUUGGGGUCGGCGGCUCCAAGAAGAAGUAAACGCUGUACUACGGCUUGAACCAAAAAAUAGGAGCUCUUGUUUGCUGGGAGGUUGACAUUUUUAUGCUAUUUUCUUCGUUUUUUACGGUAUUGCUUCAUGUAGAAUUGUUUCGCACAGCAUGGCGAAUGUACAUAGAA